GAUAAUACCACCACGCGAUAUUUCAACCCAGCAAAAAACUCUAAGCAUCAAAUUCCAAGAAAGUAAUCAUAAAAUGCCAAGGAAAAAGACAGCACCUGUAAAGAAAGAAACCAAACCUACACCGAAGGAAACGAAACCUAAGGCUACACCAAAGGAAACGAAAGGAUCUACCAAACGAAAAAUCAAAGACGUUUCACCACCACCAUCCGGAUCAGGAUCAGGAUCAGAAUCAGGAUUGGAAGAUGAUCAGGAUGAUGAUUUUAAUGAAGUUGAUAGUGAUGAUUUAGAUAAAGAAACAGAAGCAGAAGAAGACGAUGACGAAAGUGAAUUUGAAGAAGAAACUAAGUCUAACAAAAGAACAAAAACAAAUAAAACAAAAUCUGUUUCGAAUAAGAAACAAAAACUUGAUGAUAAAGAUUCAAGUUUGAUUAGUUCAAUCAAGUUAAUCAAACCUGAUCAAUCAUCUAAAAACAUUCCACUUGGUAUGAUUGGACAAUCCACAAUGAAUUUUUUAAGUGAAUUAUCUGUACCAGAAAACAAUGAUCGAGAAUGGUUAUCAAUCAAUGAUCAAAUUUAUCGAUUAGCACUAAAGAAUUGGAACGAAUUUGUUACAUAUCUAGUACCAAAAUUAAUUGAAUGUGAUUGGACAUUACCAGUGUUACCUUACAAAGAUUUAGUUCAUAGACUUCAUCGUGAUGUACGGUUUUCGAAUGAUAAAACUCCUUAUAAAACUAAUUUUUCAGUUGGGUUUUCAAGAACUGGUAAAAAAGGACCUUGGGCUAGUUAUUAUAUACAUAUUAAACCUGGUGAUGGAUCAUUAAUUGCAGGAGGGAUUUGGAAUCCUGAUAAAUCUCAACUUACGACGAUCAGACAAUCGAUUCUAAGUAAUUCCAAACCAUUAAGAAAAGUCAUUAAUCAUCCAGAAUUUAUUAAAAUGUUUGGGUCUCAUGAAACUGUCAAAGGAAAAUCUAAAAGAUCAAGUAUUUUUGGUCAUGAUGAUGAACUGAAAAAUUCUCCUAAAAUGGACAACGUAAACCAAUCUCAUCCGGAAAUUGAUCUACUCAAGUUGAAAACUAUUGCUGCUGUAAGAUAUUUUUCAGAUGAGUUGGUACUUUCAGAUCGAUUUGUAGAAGAAAUUCAAAAAUCAGUUAAAACGCUUUCACCUUUGAUUAUGUGUUUGAAUGAGAUGUUAAUGCCAGAAGAUUUAGAUGAUCAAGAAGGAGCACAAGAAGAAGAGGAAGAGGAGGAAGAGGAAUAA